AUGUCCAACGUUUACUCUCUAGAGCCGCGCACGCGCGGCCGCGUGAUUCUACACACCACGCAAGGCCCUGUCGAGUUAUUCCUGUACAGCGACGAGGCGCCGGUGGCAGCGCGCAACUUUGUGCAACACGCGCUCAACGGCUACUACGACGGCCUGCCGUUUCACCGAGUGCUGCCCGGCGAACUAGCGCAAACGGGCGAUCCCUCGGGCUCUGGGAGUGGCGGCGUCGCCGCCAUCGGUGAUCCUGACGGGUAUCCACGCGAGCAACAUGGCCGGCUCAAGUUCCGGCGCCGCGGCAUUGCUGCGAUGGUGGCGGACGAGGAAGGAAAGGCGCGCUCGCAGUUCUUCCUCACGUUGGCGCCCACACCGUGGCUUGAUGGUCAACACACUAUCUUCGGGCAGGUGCAAGGGGAUUCUAUCUUCAACUUGCUGGAGUUGUCGGCGAGGAAGGUGGACGCGUUUGAGGGCGACAACUUGCCGAAGGUGAAGUCUAUGGAGGUCACGGAGAACCCAUUUCCUGAUCUGAAAACUGCUCCUCGGAGCAAGCCAACGAAGGAGCCUGCCAAAUCGCUGACGAGAGUAGUUCCCACGGCGAAGAAGGCUGUCAAGAGCAACACGCUCUUAUCUUUUCAGGACGAAUUGGAUUCGGACAGCGACGACCAACUUUAUCCACAGGUGAGAGCUCCUGCGCGUCGAAGACAGAAGGUGGUGCGACCGCAGGCUGUCCAGGAACGCAAGUUAUCUUCAACCAUAUCAAAACAGAGUGUGGGUCCCUCAGACCAGGUUGGGGCCGGAGGUCAAGUGGGAAAAAAUGAAAAGGCAACCCCAAAAACGCCUCUAUAUCCUGACGCCGCUGGUAAAAAGCGUCAGUUGGAGGAAGAGUUUGAACGCAUCAAAGCGCAACUAAUCACAGACAGCAAGGCAAAAGCUCCCACUGAAGGUGAGAGAGGUGCGGAAGAGAUUGCCUCGAAUGGCAAUAACACUCCUGGACAGCCAGAUGCUAUUAACGUUACAGGACGAAAGCGAAGACGUAGACAGGACGAGAGCGACAUAUUCCAGCAUCUAAAGGCCUUUGAAAACCGAUUAACCAAAACUCGACGCGAAGCAAAUGGAAGCGCUACCGCCGACACCGCCCAAGGCAUGGCGGCUUGCUUUUCACGUCGAUUGCGACUGGCCACGGUUGCCGCCGAGCAGGAAGAAUACGAAGUGCGAUACGGUCCUCCUCCACGCAAACGCGCUGAAGACAGGCAGCGGUAGCGUCACGACAUAUCAUUCGGCAACCAGUGCCCGCUGCUACAGAUAUGCACAACUAGGCGCCCAAAGCGAUGUCAUAACUUGAGUUGUCUGAGAUACUGAAUACGAUGGUUGAAAAUCAGUUGCGAAAGCGUUCGUGAGUCCUCAUGACAACACCUUUCGUACCACAGUAAUGAAUAGAGAGGUUCCAAAGUUAGAUGAACUUUCUCUUUCCUGGGUGUUACAAUCAUUGAUCUCACUGGAACUGGGGACAAUGCACACGGUUAUUGGCUUAAGAGUGCACCGAUGUUUCCGGGCAUGAAUGGAGCUCUUUCGGGGUUCUCGUGUACUCGAUGCGUAUUAGAAAUUCCAUGCAUCUCUGUAUAAAAUAUUCAGUUUUUGA